GGAGGAGGCAAGGCGCUGGUGACGAAGGCUUUAUUUACUUCAGUCUUGGUUCAGCAGUAAAGCCGUCCAGUAUGCCUGAGAAGUACAGGACCAUUUUGUUGAAGUGUUUGGGUCCCUGAAGCAGCGGGUCCUGUGGAAGUGGGACGAGGACACCAUGGAUGACCUGCCCCUAACGUGCGUCUCGGCAAAUGGCUCCACAGCAGGAUAUUCUCGGUCAUCCUCGCUUACGGCUGUUCAUUACACACGGAGGACUGUUGAGUACUCUGGAGUCCAUGUACAAUGGUAUACCAGUGUUGGGUAUGCCUGUGUUUGCUGACCAGGAGACCAACAUGCUGAACGUGGAACGCGAUGGUUGGGGCCUCGUGUUGCUCUGGGCCCAGCUAACACCUGACGCUCUCAAAACACGGAUCAAAGACGUCAUGACCAACCCGAGGCUGAAGGCGGAGGCCCAGAGGAGAUCGGUGGUGAUGCAGGACCUCCCAAUGUCGCCAGCACAAGUGGCCGUGUACUGGGUGGAGUACGUCAUGAGGCACCACGGAGCUGCUCACCUCCGCUGCCCUGCUGGUGACUUGCCCUGGUACAAGCUGUAUAAUGUAGACGUGUGGGCCAGCGUGACAGUGGUCCUCCUCCUUCUUACCUACAUAUCCCUACGACUCUUCUUGGCCUGCUGUUCGUGUCUCUGUUCCUCCAGGUCUAAACGCAAAACAGAUUAGCAUUUUUCCCCCCUAAUGCUUUGUUCACACGGUGUCUGUAAUGUGUUAAUAAAGAGUAGUGAAUUGUU